GUUAUGGUACGUUAUUUUACCAAUUGGUUGACGGCUAGAGAAGUGGGGUUUUAUUCCAGCGUAGGAAAGAUGGGUUACCCUCGUUGAAGCUGAAGGAGCAUGCCGCGAGGCCACACAACGACCAAUGUUUAUUAUAACAGGCAUCUGAUUGACAAGUUCGACUUUAACUUUUAAGAGCUGCUAAGUGUAACGGGUCCCGAAGCUGUUAUGGGGUCUUGAACCAUAGACAAUAUCUGACUUUAGUGUUACCUUAUAUGUUUAUAUAUAGAUACACUCAGGGUGUGUAACAAAUCAAGUGUGAACUGAUAGGCUUAUCGUACGUUAAAGUUGUGUGGUAGUUAAGGUAAGAGACCACCAUGCAAUACGAUGAAGAUAUCUCACAUUUUGGUCCGAUAGACCGACCAGCACCUCUUUACCAAACCCAUGGCCAUCGACAAAUAUCCGACCUAACUCACGGUUCCCACAUACGUCAGUAUCAUCCCGUAGCCGAUCAUGUGACCUGCGUUCACAAUCGGGACAAAGACGCCAUUUAUGGGCAUCCUUUGUUUCCGCUGUUGGCCUUGAUUUUCGAGAAGUGCGAACUGGCGACGACCACGCCGCGUGAACCAGGUGUCGUCGGCGGUGAAAUCUACUCUUCGGUAUCUUUCAACGACGAUGUUGAAGUCUUCACCAAACAGAUCAAACAAGAAAAACGUUAUUAUGUCCAAAACUCUGAACUAGACAGCAUU